GGCCAAAGCUGAAGCGGCUUUUUUUCACAUUUCCUUCUCAAGUUUUUUUUUGUGCGUCGUCGUUUGUUAGGGGACGGGCGCUGUGCAGUUGCAGAUCUUGUGGGUGCAAUUACUGCCAGACAAAAGUGACCUAACCAAUUUGGCACAUAAUCUGUGAGGGACUGUUGGGCAGUUCAUCACUGCAGGUAGUGUAGACCGAUAAUGGACACAGAAAACGAUCAGCAGGAAGAGGAGACCACUUUCAGCCCGGAAAGCAACGGCAAGCGUCCUGCGCAGGAUAUCGAUGACAAGCCGGACUAUAAACGCUCUAGAAAGUCUGAUGAAAUGGUGGAGCUGCGGGUAUUGCUCCAGAGCAAAAAUGCAGGAGCUGUUAUUGGAAAGGCAGGCAAGAACAUUAAAGCUCUGCGCACAGAUUACAAUGCCACUGUGUCAGUCCCAGACAGCAGUGGGCCCGAGCGGAUCCUGAGCAUCACUGCAGAAAUCCCUAUUGUGGCUGAAAUACUGCUAAAAAUCAUCCCUACAUUAGAAGAGUAUCAGCAUCAUAAAGGUGUGGACUUUGACUGCGAGUUGAGGAUCCUGAUCCAUCAGAGUUUAGCAGGCAGCAUUAUUGGUGUAAAGGGGGCCAAAAUUAAAGAGCUUCGUGAGAACACCCAGACAACCAUCAAGCUGUUCCAGGAAUGCUGCCCUCAGUCCACUGACCGUGUAGUGUUAGUGGGGGGCAAGGCAGAGAAGGUUGUUGAGUGUAUUAAGACCAUGCUGGAACUCAUAAAUGAGGCACCCAUCAAAGGCCGUGCCCAGCAGUAUGAUCCCAACUUUUAUGACGAAACGUACGACUAUGGUGGCUACACCACAGUGUAUGAGGACAGAGGUCGUCGUCCGAUGGGAGGCUUCCCCUCUCGGGAUCAUGGUGGAUUUGAUCGUAGACCAUACGAUCGUGGUGGGCGUGGGGGUCACCACAUGCAACACAGUAGGAGAGACUAUGACGACAUGAGCCCUCGCAGAGGCCCCCCUCCUCACAGAGGUGGAGGCAGAGGUGGCAGUCGUCCCCCACGGAACAUGCCAAUGGGACCACCCCAUCAUCGCAGAGGAGACGACCAGUAUUACAGCUCCCAUCGCAGUCACUCGGAUGACAGACAAGGGGACAGGAGAGGUAGACCCCGGGAUCGUUAUGGAGGCAGCAUGGUUUCUUACCAUCUCUUUCACUCUUUGCCCCUACAGAAUGAUGGAUAUGACAACUCCUCAUGGGACAGCUAUCAGUCUGGUGGAAGGGGCAGCUAUGGUGAUAUGGGUGGGCCGGUGGUCACCACACAAGUGACAAUUCCCAAAGAUUUGGCAGGGUCAAUCAUUGGAAAAGGAGGCCAGAGGAUUAAGCAGAUCCGGCAUGAAUCUGGAGCAUCGAUUAAAAUUGAUGAACCACUUCAAGGUUCAGAAGAUCGCAUUAUCACCAUAACAGGAACCCAGGAUCAGAUUCAGAAUGCACAGUACCUGUUACAGAACAGUGCUCUCCAUUUGCUGGGACACCACCAUGAGUAACCUGUUCUGUCUCCACCUCUCUCAGGACCUCCAGCCCACUGCAGUACUACUCCAGCUCCUCCUUUCCAGCAGCGCUGCCUGACUCCUAGCACAAAAUGCGUCUGUGAAAUGUUUCUCCCUCAUGUCAUAUCCUAUGGAAGCUUAGAUUUUGUGUGAAGACCUCUUGUUGAGUUCUUUCAGGCCAGAGGAAGGGAUAUAUUUGGUUUGUCCUCCAAAUGUCUGAUCUUUAAGCAUAUAAUCUAAAUGCUUGGUAUUUUUUAAAAUAAUUGAUUUGUUACCACAUGUUUUUCAGUGCUUUACAGAAACGCAUUGUAGGGUUUUGCUUUUUGCUGGAUGUUUGUUUUGCAGGUCCUGUGUUCUUUUGACAAUUUGAAGUCCUGUAUUCUGAACAGCUGUGAGCGUUUUUUUUUUUUUUUUUUUUUUUUUUUUUUGCUUUUCCUUAACCAACCACCUUGAAUCAGUCCAGAAUGUACACAGAAAUCUUGGAUUUUUUUUAAUGAGUAUUUUUUCCUUUUUUUUUUUUUAUUUUUUUUUUUUAAACAUGCUUUUUUUCUCUUUGAAGACAAAUAUAUUGGGGUUGUAAGAAAAAAAAAUAUAUAUGUAAAUAUCAAGUGAUUUAUAUGGGAUACAAUUACUAUGUUCCCAUACCUGUCCUGUAAGUGUCUUGGUCUCUCCUCUGCCGUAGAGUUUCAGGAAUCAGUGCAGCUGUAAACCUGGAGAAAAGAUCUUGUUGAUGGUUGUGUGUUUAUUAUUUUUUUUUUGUUUCCUCUCUGUCACUGGGUUUAUAAAGCCCAGUGUUUAUUGGGUUUGCUCUACCUCUGAAAGUUUUGUAGGUCUGCCACUCUAUAACGAGGCCCACAGUCGUCUUUUUUCCAGCAUGUUUUAAAAGAAACAGGAUAUGGCAUUGUGCUUUAGAUUGUUGAUAAAGAGCAGUAAUUUUGGGGUUUCCUUCCUCUUUUUCUUGUUUUAUUUUUUCAUAUUUUUAUUUUAUUUUUUUACUCAAGUUGUCUUUGAAUUUUCUCUCCCAGAUACAUUUGUAGAGUUUUGUCAUUUGUCAAAAAUAAUAAAAUGCCAGUUUUUAUGAAA